AUGUGUCAUAUGUCUUUUCUCUCUCUCAUAUUCCACAUCGCCGUCCACAACACCCACUGCAGUGGAAACUUCGCCUUUGAGUUUGGGUUCCCCUGUAAGGCAGCCAUAUCCGGAGCCACUAUCAUGGUCAUCCCUGGCGUCUGUGGCAUUGCCAUGUACAGUCCGAAGCUCGGAAAGCACCGCAUGAGCACAGCGGCGUUUCUGUUCAGUCAGAGACUAACGGCCAGAUAUCGCGUGCACAAUUUACUGUCUCAGACCCACACCGUGGGUUCGUGCGUGGGCGCCACUGACUUGCGUGACCCAUGUGAGUACAGAGGAACGCAGAAUGAACAGAUCUGCAACAACCUCGUACGCGCAGCUGCCACAGGAGACAUCCCCGGCAUACGCCGACUGUUCAG